AUGCGUGUCAUCGGUAUAACUUCAUACUCCGCACCUUCAGAAUACCAAUCCUACGAGCAGCCCAAACCUGAACACAAGAAACAGACAAAUAUUAUCAUCAAAGUCCAUGCCGCCAGCAUCAACCCAAUUGACGUCAAAAAGGCCAACGAUGCCUUGAAAAGAGUACUAGAAAUCUCGUUCCCGUAUCAGAUCGCCCACGAUUGUGCAGGAACCGUCCCUGAAAUCGGUUCGAGGGUAACUCGAUGCAAGAUCGGGGACGCUACAGGUUCAUGGAGCGAAUACGUAAUCUGUUCUGAAGAAAAUCUUGCUCUCAAGCCGCCCUCGCUCUCCUUUGCGGAUGCAGCAUCACUCCCUCUAGCUGCCCUGACUGCUCUCCAGGCUCUCCGGAAAUUUGAUGGUGAACUUUCCGGGAAACCCGCCUUUAUUCGUGCUGGUCUAAGCGGAACCGGCUCGUACGCAUGCCAGCUAGCCAAAAACGUCUUCAAAUCAGGAAAAGUAAUCACAACAGUGUCCACAUCGAAAAUCCCGAAAGUCAAAGGAUUAUUAGGUGACUCGACAGUUGGUCAGAGAAGGGAAGAUCCAAAAGCUGUGCUCCCGAACCACUCCGUAGAUUUCCUGUUUGAUACGGUAGGCCUUUCAACAGAAUGCCUCCCGCUUUCGCGACCAGGCGGUUGCAUCAUCUCUAUCUCAACAUUGCCCCCGGCUAUAUCGGUCUAUGUACGAAUGGCUCUCAACCUGCGGGAUUUUGUCUGUAAAAUGUGGGCACAGUGGCAGAGUGUUCCCUAUGAGUAUAUUUGGACUGAUCCCAAUGGUGACGACUUGGAUAUGCUAAGCAGGUGGGUUGAGGAGGGAAUAGUGAAGCCGGUUGUGGGAAAUUCUGUCGGUUUCUAUGAUAUUGAGGCGGUUCGACAGCCUUGUCAGGUUGUGUAUGAUGAUCAAAGUUUGGGGGGGAGGGAGUUUAUCCAGUGGGUUAAGCCAAAGUUAUCGCAAGAUAGGAAAAGUGGCCUAGGCCGUGGACAAAGUUAG